AUGGUGAGUAGUGAGGCUGAGCGAGCGUGACAAGAACUUAUCCUUUUAUAAUUCUGAUCGAAACAAAUCGGUGCGAGAACAUCACCAGAGCAGAGCAUCUUUGGAAGUUUGAUUUCAUUGUUGUUUGGCAACUUGUGUUUUUCCCACCGAACCCAAUCCAAGAGUUAUGGGAUUGGCCUCUGUUGUUCACAUUCACGCUCCUCCUUUCAGAUGCUCUGUUCUUCACCACCCCAUCUCUUCCUUUUGCUCAGUGUACCAUUAUCGUCCUCCUCGCCGUUUCCCACUUCUGUGCUCCAGACGAAUUGGCCAUGACAAUUAUGCCUCAGAAGUAAAGAGGAUCAGUGCUCAACAAAAUGAUGACAUAGGCAAAGUUGAGAAAUCUCCCACUCAGGAAUCUCUGGGAAAUGAGGGUUACAAUUCUUCCGUCAGAACUGUAGCCUUAUGGGUGUGCACUGCAGUGGCAUUUGGUGUUGGUUUGGGUUUUAAGGAAGGUUUUGACAAGGCAUCCGAAUUCUUUGCUGGGUAUAUAUUGGAGCAAAGUCUUUCUGUAGAUAAUCUCUUUGUAUUUGUUCUAAUAUUCAAUUACUUCAAAGUGCCAGUUACAUAUCAGAAUCGUGUGCUUUCCUAUGGUAUUGCCGGUGCAGUUGUAUUUCGCCUGACAAUAAUACUUAUUGGAACAGCCACCCUGCAGAGGUUUGAGGCAGUCAACCUUCUCUUGGCCGCGAUAUUACUCUACUCGUCAUCUAAGCUAUUUGCCAGUGAAGAAGAUGAAUCUGACUUAUCCGAUAACUUUGUGGUGAAGACAUGUCAGAAAUUUAUCCCUGUAACAACGUAUUAUGAUGGAAAUCGAUUCAUAACAAAUCUUGAUGGGGUGUGGAAGGCCACCCCUUUGCUUCUUACUGUAGCUGUUAUCGAGCUCAGUGACAUUGCAUUUGCAGUUGACUCAAUACCUGCAGUUUUUGGUGUAACACGGGAUCCAUUUGUAGUUUUUACGUCUAAUCUUUUUGCCAUUUUGGGUUUAAGGUCACUUUUCUUAAUAAUUUCUGAGGGUAUGUCAGAGUUGAAGUACUUACAGCCGUCCAUUGCUGUUGUUCUGGGAUUCAUUGGGGUUAAGAUGAUCCUCGACUAUUUUGGACUCCAUGUCUCAACGGAGGCAUCUCUUGCUUUUGUAGCCUCAAGUCUUACCAUUGGAGUGGUAUUAAGUCUGGUUAACAAGUCUGACUAGCUUAGAAACUCAAUUCCAACUCUUCAUGAAUUGAGCUCUAUAUGGUUGCUUACAUUUACCAAGCAAUUUCAUCAUCCUCUCUACCCCUACACACCCCCUCCACCCCAAAACAAUAAAAACCCAUGUUUUCUUAAGCCAAUAGAGGAAUAAUUUGUAGCCUGUCCUAUAACUUAAGUUGAUGUUCAAUGCUAAAGCAUACUAUCUGUUAUAAUGUUCACUUCACAUAAUGGUCCAAAAUUAAUUUUAUUUAA